AUGUCCUUCAGUCGCUUCGUUUUCGCUGCUGGUCUUUUGCUUGGUCAGGUUUCGGCCACCAGCUCCGCCGCCAGCUCCCAGGUGGCCAGCAGUCAAGUCCAUGUGCAUACAGCCAACUGUCGGACACAUCUUGGUACUAGUUCGGUGAAGGCAGUUCCUACUACUACCAUCACUCGUACUUAUCAUGAUCCUUCGCCUGUUGUGGUCUUCUCGACUACCCAGGAGACCCUCACUGUGACUCCCGCUGUUUCAAUCGAGACCAUCACGGAUUAUGAAACUACGACACUCCUCUCCACUGCUGAUGUAAUUACUGAUACGUUUUCAACUACCUCGACUGAGUAUGACACUGCAACUCUUACUCUGACUCCUGCUCUUAUCACUGCGACUGUCUUCGCCACCGUCUCUUCUACCAGCACUGUCACCUCGACUGUUGCCACCUCGGCAGGCUUCACUCCUAUUGCGGACACUAUUGCUACUCCUACUGUGUACAAGCGCAGCUUGGAACAAGAGGAAGAGGAGCAGUGCUCUCCCUGGCUUGAUGACUACGAGUACCCCCAAAAGGUUGUCUGCCAUGAGAAGAGAGUCAUCAAGACGACAACAGUCUCGACCGUCACUGCAGCCCCUGCUACUAUCACCGCGGCCACCCCUUUCACCACUGUUACUGUGACCAACACUAUCACCAGUAACUCCGUGGUUCUCCCUUCAGAUGUCUCCACCACCUUGAGCUACAGCACCACUUCUACCAUCACCGAGACAAGCACCGCCGUUGCUGAGACGGAUACCGUCACUUCCACCUCCACUAUCCUUGCUGGUGUGACUACUACUGCUGCAUAUGCCGCCUGUGCCACCAAUAACAUCGCCGGUAGCCCUCUCUCUUCCGACUUCGGCUCCUACGCUGGAUACUACAUCUCUUCUCUCACUUUCUCUCAUGUCCCCGGUGAAAGCCUUAGUGUUGGCAAUACAGAUAGUCCCUACGACUGCUGCGUUAGCUGCAUUGAGGCUUCUAAUUGUGCCAUGUCUUAUUACUGGUCGAGUGGAUCCGUGAAGUACUGCUACAAGAUCGCAACAAGCGUUUGCUCGACUUCUUCCACCUAUGGAACAGCUAAUCUCCAAUCUUCUUACAGCGGUACCCAGCUUUCCAACGGAAACUGUGGGUAUAUCAAGGCUUCGGUCUAA